AUGGCUCCCAAGAUCAACUCAAAAAACCUGUCGUACGACACCGAGGCAGCAGCACCGCCAUUUCUUGCUGCUCUAAGGGCUCAAGCUGCUGGCGCUACAGGCCCCAAUCCACUACUUGCUGCCCAACGGAGGUCAGCUAAGAAGCGCUCUAGUAGUGAGGAAGCAGAAGAUGUCCCGCUUGUCGUAGACGAAGACGGAAACGUUGUGAGUCUUGAAGUCGACAAGGAUGGAGUUGUCAAAGAUACUGGAGAUUACGACGUGGAACCUGCAGCAGAGAAAGAAACCGCCAGAGAAUCAGAGAGCAAAGCUGCUAUUGGAGGAAGGAAACGAAAGGUUGGAAAAGUCAUCGGUGAGGCGGCUGAUGAGGGCAAAGGAGAUGACAAGAAAAAGGAGAAGGAUGAUGCCGAAAAAGAGCCAGCAAAGAAUCGAAAACCCAAGAAAAAGGCCAAAAAGAUUAAGCUGAGCUUUGAUGAAGAUGAAGGUUGA